AUGAGAUUUAUUUCUCUUCGGGUUUUUCAGGUGAAUAAAGUUCGACUUGUAGAUAAGUUUGGACCAGAAACUAAUGUGAUUGGCACGAUUCAUGUCACUACUUCUCACGUCAUAUUCAAAGCUGAUGAUUCUGCAAAAGAAUUUUGGAUCCCCAACGGGCUGAUCAAAAAUGUUGAGCGUGGUGCUCUUACGGUACUUGGAAGUUCGUUGGUUUUACGUUGUAAACACUUUUUAGAACUUACCUUUUUGAUACCAAAAGAUAAAGAGUGUCAAGAUCUGUAUGAAACUUUGACGCGAUGCAGCAGACCAGUGAACAUCUUGGACGUUUUUGCGUUUGAAAACAGAGAAAGGAAUGGUGAAAGAGGAUGGGGUUGUCUUGAUUGGAAGCUGGAAUUUGCCAGACAGGGUAUAGGUUCUGCUGACAGACAGAUGUGGAAAAUUACUGAUUUCAAUAAGUCAUACCAGCAUUGCGAUACAUACCCAGAAAUUUUAUGUGUUCCUUCUGCAGCAACUACUCAAACUUUAAUUGGUUCUUGUAAAUUCAGAAGUCGAGCUAGGUUACCUGUACUCACUUAUUGGCAUAAGACAAAUGCAGCUAUAAAACUUGGAUGCAGGUGCGCUCAGCCUUUGACUGGAUUCAGUGCAAGGUGUGUCGAGGAUGAGUUGUUAAUGAAUCUGAUUGCAAAAACAAAUCCGACGUGUGACAAACUUUAUUUGGUAGAUACAAGACCAAGGAUGAAUGCCAUGGUGAACAAAAUGCAAGGCAAAGGUUUUGAGGACGUUAAGAAAUACUCAAAUAUUAUUUUCAAGUUUUUUGAUAUUGAAAAUAUACAUAUUACUGUAUGCAGUUUAAACUACCUCAGAGGAAUCUGUUUAUUGGAGUCUUCUGGUUGGUUAAGACAUGUGAAGUGCCUUCUGGAAUGUGGUGUCUUUUUAGCAAAGUCAAUUACUGAAGGUGUUUCUUGUGUUGUUCAUUGCUCGGAUGGUUGGGACCGGACAGCACAGACUGUUAGUGUAGCGCAGCUGAUGCUCGAUCCCUUUUACCGCACAAUUCGUGGUUUUCAGGUAAUUCUUAUAGAAAAGGAUUGGUUGGGUUUUGGUCACAAAUUCGACGAUCGCUGUGGUCAUGUUGGAGCAUACAAUGAAGAAGCAUCGAAAGAGGUCUCCCCGGUAUUUACUCAGUUUUUGGAUGCGGUUUUUCAAAUGACAAGACAGUUUCCAAGCGCGUUUGAAUUUAACCAAAGAUAUCUCAUUACGAUACAUGAACAUGCUUAUUCCUGCCAGUAUGGUACUUUUCUUGGUAACUGUGACAAGGAUCGGAAGGACUUAAAGUUGGCGGCAAGGACUCAGUCGCUUUGGGCGCAUAUGGAUGAUUGGCAUGACGACUUUAUCAAUCCUUUCUAUGAAGUUGACUUGCACCCGUCAGCUAUAGUUGUGUGGAAGAACAUGUACAAUCGUUUUAACUCGGGAAUUUUGAAAAAGGAGAGUGUUCAUGAUGUGGCAAUUGCUACUCUGGAACAUAUAGGCGUAUUGGAAGCGAAUAUGGCUUCUUUCAGACAGGUAUUGAAGACGAGUAAUAGUCCGCCGAAUACCAAGGCAAGUAACGAACUUCUAACACCUAAUCCGAAUUCUAGAGCAGACGACCAAGACUUUGGUAUUUCGGAUAGCGUAGCUACUAUAAAUGUUUUAGUCAUUCGUUGGCAGUCGUUAAGAAAUGCUGAUGAAUGUUCAUCUCCGAGUUGCGGUGCAGAGUUCGCAACUAGAGGUGAGAGGAGGUUACACUGUUAUAGAUGUGGUAAAGUACAUUGUCGACGAUGUGUAAAAAUGACUGAGGAUGGAAGGGAAAGGACUUGUGAUUUGUGUUCGAGUUUCGGUCGCAACUAA